UGUUUAUCUGCACGGCUGCACACCUUCGGUCCUGCUCUGGUUGGAUUGUAGAAAAUCGUGGGGUCUGAGGGUGCGUGCUGCUGCGGGAGGACCGAGCGGGUCUGUUUUAUUUGGGUGCUAUACCACUGACUGGCUUUGAGCUGUUUUAGACUACAAGUCCCAGCAUGCAUUGCCAUAGGUGGGCAUCUUGGGGCUAGUAGUUCACCUGGGAAUAUAUAGGUUGAUAGUGACAAUUUUGUUUUCAUUUUUACGCUUUGUGAUAAUCUUUGAGAAAGUAACCCUUUAAAUGCCAGUCUACCCUGCAGUGCAGACAGUUGCCCAAGGGUAUUUAGCUUAAAAUGAACUUUCCUGCUAGAGAUCAAGCCGUUUAUCAGCCCCCUAGGAAAAAGUGUAAAUCGCAGUCGAGAACGAAGCGAUGAUCAAGAUGAAAAAGCAAAUGGCAGAAAAGAUCCUGAAUCAUGCCCUAGGAAUCAUCUACCUGCUGACUGGGGAGGAAUAUGUCAUAGUGAAGAAGAAUUCCCCCCACCGUACGACGCACCUUCUUACUGGAGAGAUACCAGUAAAAUGUGGCGACAUCUCAAUCUACUUUUCCAUGGAAGAAUGGGACUAUAUAGAAGAACAUAAGGACCAUUAUCAGAAUAUGGUUCUGGAAGAGGGGAUCUCGGUGGACAGGUGCUCAGGUCCACACAAGAACAGCUUCAAUGUUGUUUUUCUUGGAGAAGAGGAAUUAAGUGAGAAAAACGCAGGAGAUGUGAAUUUCUGCAAAGAGACCAAAGCAGAUAAAUCGGUGAACAGGAGCCUGGUAGAAGACUCCUACAAAGGUUCACGAGGUGCUACUGUAGAAGAUGAUACCAGCAGAUCUCAAGGAGGAAACUACUCGAUUGCGUCAUCAGUGUGUGACAUGGGAAGCCACACAUCUUCCUGUCCCCGGUGGGAACGUGAGAAAUGGAAAGUAGAUGACAAUAUUAUCAGAAAGGAUGCAUCUAAGAAAAAGACACCAACCCAAGACAAAAAGAAUAAGGGUUCUGUCAGCGGGGCACCAAAAGAUGUAACACUCAAUGGUGCGAAAAUCCCAAGGAUGGCCCAUUUGAGUGAGCAUUGUGGACAGUGUUUGGUGGACAGGUCUCACCUUGUGAGACACAAGAGAAGACUUCCAAUGGGGCAGGAGUUUUUUAGUUGCAAACCAUGUGGAAAACACUUUGCUCAUAAAUCUCAUCUUAUUGCACACCAGAGGUCACACAAUGGCGAGACCUGCUACUGGUGUGGGGACUGUGGCAUCUUCUACACCUACAAGUCUCAGCUUAUUGCUCACCUGAGGACUCACUGUGAAGAUCAGUUCUAUCGGUGUGAUGUGUGUGACCAAAAAUUUGACUUUAGGUGUCUUCUUCUGGUGCAUCAGCAAAUUCAUACUGGACAAAAGCCCUAUCGAUGCUUCAGAUGUGGGGAGCGGUUUACGUACAAGUCAAGUCUUGUCGUUCAUGAAAGGACGCAUACAGCAGAAAAGCCUCACGGAUGCAAGGACUGUGGUGAACACUUCUCUGAUGGAUACAGUCUUAUCGCACAUCGGAAGGUGCAUGGGGUGGAGGCACCACACAAAUGUUCUGACUGCGGAAAGCAGUUUGAAUACAAGGCUACUCUUACUGUCCACCAGAGGACACACAGACUGGUCAGACAACAGAAACAUCCAGUGGAACCCAAGUCUGGCCCGCCAUAGAAAAGGCCUAACUAGUCAUAAAUUGUGACCUUCACGAGAUCUACUCAGGAGAUAUGCCAUAUCUUGAACUUCUAUGCAAUGUAGCCUCCAGACUGUUAAACAUAAUACAUGGACAUUUCCAUUGUAAGCAAGUGAAUUAAAGUAUGAGACCACGUA